CCAGAUAAAGGGAGGUGGGGAGUGGUAGGAGGUGGUGCUGGAGAGUUGGACAAGACAUCCUCUUCAUUCUUUACACAGAUUUUGAGGAUUGGGGUGUUUUUUGUGUUCUUUAACAGUGCUUUAAAUUUGGAUUGCGAAGCAUAUUUUGAACUAAGAAAACUAGAGGCAACCCAGGAAGAAGAAUACAGGACCAGGAAUGACAGUAAGCCUCAGAUUUACUGUAGAGGAAAGGAAGAGGAACACAAUGAUAUACAAAGAAGUUCAUAGAUUUGCUUCAGGCUUCAUGCUGUAGGCUAUGGGAGGACUAUGGUAACAAACGAGUCAUAGAAACUCACUCAUACGACCACACAUUAUCAUUGACUCAGUGAAUAAGGUAAACCGUUUAAUAGUCACUGUGCUCUCUGCCAUACAAAAUUAAUAUUGUAAGGACGUAGGUGAUAUAUAGAUAUACAUACAGUAUAUACACAUAAAAGUCCAGCAGACACACAUACAUUCACACAGGGACAAAUACAUAGACUUAAAGAACAUAAAGAACCAACACCCACACAAACUCUGAGGCAGCCAUGAGGGUUGCAUUGGUGCUAGGAGGCCUAACUAUCCUGGUAUCUAUGGGCCUGGCCCUGAUCGUCUUUGGCCAGUCCCUGACAGAAGCCAAGCUGACCCUGCAGAACCUGCAUCUGGAUCAGAUGCAGCAGGCGCGCGUCAACCAACUCAAGGAGAGGCAGUGGGUGGAAAACCUGCUGAAGGGGCAGAUAGACUGGAAGAAGAAGAAUGUGGAGGAGAUGGAGGCAGAGGUGAAGAAACUGACCGAAGAGGAGGGGAAGAAGAAGACUGAGGUCGAGGCCUGCCAGGCAGAGAAGAAACAAAAGGAGGAAGUACUUGCACCCAUACAGAAGGAGCAGAGUGAUAUUGAAGCGACAUUCAAAACUGAAAAGGAGGCUUGGACUGGGGAGAUCACCACACUCAAACAGCAGUUGGAGCAGAGGAGCAAAGUGUGUGGUUUUGUAAAGGACUCACCAGAUACAGCGAAAUUAUGUCCACCCAAAGAAGGAGCAGCAAAAGCUGAAAUGGCCCCUGUAAAAGCUGAAGCGGCCCCUGUAAAAGCUGAAGCUGCCCCUGUAAAAGCUGAAGCUGCCCCUGUAAAAGCUGAAGUGGCCCCUGUUAAACCUGAAGUGGCCCCUGUUAAACCUGAAGUGGCCCCUGUUAAACCUGAAGUGGCCCCUGUUAAACCUGAAGUGGCCCCUGUUAAACCUGAAGUGGCCCCUGUUAAACCUGAAGUGGCCCCUGUUAAACCUGAAGUGGCCCCUGUUAAACCUGAAGUGGCCCCUGUUAAACCUGAAGUGGCCCCUGUUAAACCUGAAGUGGCCCCUGUUAAACCUGAAGUGGCCCCUGUUAAACCUGAAGUGGCCCCUGUUCAACCUGAAGUGGCCCCUGCUCCAAAGCAGUAAAUGUCUCAAAUUUCUCUCAGAAUAACAUUAAUGGUGUGUAGUCAUUCAUUCAUGAUGCGCACUCAUAUUGAUGUUUUUUUUUUGUGGGUAAUCUUGGCAACCCCAUGUAAAUUACACCAUUUAUGUUAUGUCGUCUGUUCACAAGAGAUUAGGCUGCGGGCAUUGUCAAUGUGUCAGUUUGGCACACUAUGUAGCCUAAAGUAAUUAGGUGCUGUUCGUUUUAAAAAACUAUGAAUAUCUUAUCAGUUUUUAAAUAAAUGUUUUUUGUUUUUCAUUUACAUUUUUACAAAGCCUUUUAGUUAGGCACAGAAAACAUGGAAAGAGAAACCACUGCCUUUCCCUGUUGAUGGUUCGUGUGAUGAAGACGAGGAACUCCUAUCAAACCUGCACAGUUCAAUACCAAUAUAACUUAGGCCAUUAAAGCUUUAAUACAGCUUACCUUAUCCUCACCAUCAUUGACUGCCAAGGUAAAACAUAAUAUUGUAACGCUGUUGGGUGUAAUCUGCCAGGGUAAAAUGGAGCUGGCUGGUGGACGAGUAAUAUGUCAACGUAGGGUGACAGUGAGCCACCAGCAAAAUAACCAUAGACGAGAUGUUGACAAUGGCUUAUUAAUAGGCAUAAAUAAAUAGUAUUUCUAUGAUUGCAGUCCUCAAAGAUUGAAUUGCAAUGAAUCAGAUUCAGGUGCAGUUUUUUGUGCUUUGGAAUGUUCAGUAUUCCUGGGAUACCAUGCUGUCACCAUGUAAAUGAUAUAAAAACAUUUAUAAAACGG